CACAAGACCUUCUCCAAAGAUGGAUGCUAGUAAAGGCAAGCCAAACUCCAGCAGAAGUAGUAGACUCCCUCACAAGGCCAAGAAGCUGUCCAUCUCCGUUCUGGUCAUCUCCCUCCCUCUCCUCUACCUCUCUCUCCUCCACAUCCCCCCCUCCAAUCUCCUCGAGGACACCACCUUCUGGUUCCUCAUGUCCAACUCCAUCAUAAUCAUCGUCGCAGCAGAUUCUUGCAUCUUCUCUUCGUCGAACGAGGCAGGCGAUUUGUACGAUGAGUUCGUGAAGCAUGGCCGGGAAAGGACUGCGUUCCUCGCGAAGCCAUCGGUGGAGACUGGUGACGACGACCGGAAGCACAAAGAGCGAGAGUCUGAGGUAGCAGAUGACAGGAGUUUAGUGUUGCACGGGAGAUCAGUGAACCAGAAGUUAACGCCUGCUGACACAAGCGUCAGCGUGGAGGAGGAAAUGCCGCGAAGAAGCGAGGAGGAAACUUUGGUUUUGCGUCAGAGGUCGCUUCCUCCGGUAGGCAAGGUGGAGGAGAGCAUGCCACUCCGGCGCUCGGUGACUGAGGGGGAGAGAGAAGAGUACUGCUGCGGGGCGGAGGACGAUGAGUACUCGCACAUGUCGAACGAGGAGCUCAACAAGAGGGUGGAAGAGUUCAUAAGAAGAUUCAACAGGGAGAUGAGGCUUCAGAGGAGGAACGAAUGAGGGGUGUGCAUGGGGUGUUCUUCCCAAUCUUGAUACGGCUUUGCUUGAUGUGCGCAUGUUAUGUUCUUCGAUUCAUCAUAAUAAAUCGUUCCUUCGCAUUGACAAGAUUA